AAUCAUUAGAUUCUUCAACGAAUAAGAUGAAGUUCUUAUAUGAAAUAUACAAUAUUAAACGUCUCAGAGGCCAGAACGUACCUUGUCUAAAUCUGACGCAUUCUUCAUGGUCCCUGAUUUUUCGCUAAGGAAGCUUAUUGGAGAGACUUUUGGCCUCGUAGGAAUGUUUCGAGCUUUACGACACUCUCAAUAUCGUGUAGAGGAUCAAGUUCACCAGAGGCUCUCAUGUUACCAACAUUUCACCGGACGAUAUAUUCAGCAUGGCUAUUCGAAUUAAGGUAUUUCCAAAGACAUUUCUAGACGUAUUUCUGGGUCUCAAUCAUGCACAACUUCAUUCGUGUAACAACCUGCGGCUGUAAACAAAGUGAUGCGCAAACGUCUGACCAAACAAACUAUUUUGACAUUCCUACGAACCAAAUGCGCGUGCGCUCUCUAUCUCUCACGCUCUAGCCACAUUAGAUCGUUUGAGCAUCACCGGCAUGCCGGGAGAUGCAUUCUAAAUUUAGUGCACUCGCGCUUACAAAACACCGUUCGUCCAUUCUACUCCGACGUUCCCAUUCGACAAGUUGUACGGGCGUGGUGUUGGUUGUGUGCGCAUUUCUUCAGAUUUUCAGAAUCAGAUUUUCCACACUCACCCAGUUCCGGGACCACCAGGCGCACCAGGAUGACCUCGAUCGACAAUGACCCGCUGUUUACGUCGCUGUGCAACGAGAAAACGCUCCAGUCGCAGAAGCAAGGUUUCUUCAACGAGUUUUACCAAUCGGUGGCGGAAAAUUUCACCGGAAAAAGUGCGCGCUGGCUGCAGGACGUGUACCAGAAGGUGCCGAGCGACAAGGAACGGUUGCGCCUGAUCUAUGAAGAUCCGGUCGUUGCGUACGAGGUGCAGGGUACGCUAGAGCACGUGGAGCCGGUGUUCCGCGGGAAGGAUGCAAAGUUUUCCUGGCAGCGGCGUGAGCAGGCGCUCAAGCUGCUCGGCGAGAACAAGCUGCAGCAGGCCCUGAUCAUCGCCUGCCAGGCGGUGAUGCGCGCCCCCGGCCAGGGUGUCGAUCGGUACAUUGACAAGGGCCUAACGCUGGCGCUCGCUCUGUGGACGCGGGCCGAAGUGUUUAUUCGACAGCUGGACGGCAAACGGGCGCUGCAAGAUCUUCAGCUGGCGGCCAAAUGUGGCCUGCCGGUGAAACAGAACGCGGACUACUAUGCCCGCGUUGCCAAGUGUUACGCACUUAUCGGUGAAAAUGGUCGUGCUGAGGUGGCGGCGAAACUGUUCCACCAGUUGUCCGGCCAUAACAAUUACGCCCUUGGCCGUCUGCAGGAAGAUUUGGAGGAUUUGCGUGUGCUGAAGCAGGAAACACCUUCGGUGGAGGUGGAACGUUCGCUCCCGAAGCUGGCCGGAGAAGGCGAGAAUGGCGAAAUUCUGGGCGCUUCUUCAAAAAUCAAGCUUGCUGGCAGUAAGGAAGAUCCACGCGGACGGUACGUCGUGGCAGCGGCCGAUCUCGGCCCGGGCGAGGUAAUUCUUACCGAGCCGGCCUAUGCAGCCUGCCUGCACGCGAAGUACUAUGGGACGCACUGUAGUGCCUGCUUCUCACGCUUGAUAGCUCCGGUCGCUUGUCCCGACUGUUGCGGUGUGGCCUUCUGCUCGGUGGCCUGCCGGGACAAGGCGUGCGCCACGUACCAUCGUUUCGAGUGUCAGUAUCUCGACCUGAUGAUCGGUUCCGGCAUGUCGAUUCUCUGCCACGUCGCCUUGCGCAUGGUCACGCAGGCCGGCACUCCGGAGAAGGUGCUCGAGGAGGGCAAAAUGCUGCGGGACACGUUCUGCGCCCACACGGAACACCGCGACCCGGAGGAUCACUUCAAGCGCACGCUCAUGACCGCGUUCCUGCUGCGCUGCCUGCAGAAGGCGGAAUUUUUCGGCCGUCGCACGACGGAAGCGCCGGAACCGACGGAACAGGAGCUGGAGGUGGGUGCGGUGCUGCUGUCCGCCCUGCAAUCGCUACAGUUCAACGCGCACGAGGUGUACGAGACGCGCAUUACCGGCGAGCAUCGGUUCGACACGGCCAAGGUGCAGUACAUCGGCGUUGGCAUCUAUCGCGGUGCCUCGAUGUUCAACCACGAGUGCUACCCGGGGGUGACGCGCACCUUCCUCGGUACUGCCAUGAUCCUGCACACCAGCCGACCGAUACCGGCCGGUGCGGUCGUGCCGGAAAACUAUGGCCCGCACUUUAUGCGCCAGCCGAAGGCGAUUCGGCAGCGCAACUUACGCUCGCGCUACUGGUUCAAGUGCGAUUGUCGGGCGUGCGCCGAGGAUUGGCCGCAGAUGGACAAGCUGCCCGCCAAGCCCCGGCUGCGCUGUCCCACCGAGGGGUGUGGUAAUGCACUCGCCUACCCGAGCAAACCGUCCCAGCGAAAUGCCAAGUGCAACAAGUGCAAGCAGCAGAUCAACCUGGACGCGAACGUGAAGAUGCUCGAGGCGAGCGAUCAACUGUGCACGACCGGGGCGGAAAUGAUGGCGUCUCAACCGUUGGAGGACGAGCGGGUCGAUGAAGCGAUCGAGCUCAUGAAGAAAGGCAUCGCCCUGUUCGCUCAAGCCGCCCAUCCACCGCACAAACCGACGCUUGUCGCUGAGGAAUCGCUGCGAUCCUGCUUUGCGGACAAGGGCAACGCUAAUCGCUACUAAACGCUGUCGCCUACCAUGCCUUGCCACUGUGUGCCAACGGUUACACGUACAUUAUAGGGGGAGAGGGAACACCUCACAACAAUUACCAAAAGACACCUGGAUGUUACCAAACGGAUCUAUUUGCAAAAAGGAAACAAAUCUUUUAAACCCUAACACUAACGGAUGGUUUCGUACGAAUCGGUAGAAAGUAAUGCUAAUAACACACCACUUGAAGCACUUUA